AUGAAAUUGAACGGGAAGCCAUCGACGAAUACGCUCAACACGUUGAACAACUGGCUGCCUAAUUGGCUGCAGCCGUUGGUGGACGGUGGGGAGGACAUCUUGGAUGGGGAGCGUACUGGUGAGAAUACUAGUGCCAAUCAAACCAGCGCCAAUCAAACCACGCACACGCCCAACGAACAAAGAAGACAUGAGACUCACGACGAACACGACGCACACGAUACACGAAACUCACAAUCAACGACAAUACGCAACCCCACACCACUCACCACAACCACCACUGUGAAAUCAGAACAUCCACCGGCUCCACCAAGAUUCAACGAGCCGUAUUUCAACAUACACGAGUACAAAUGGCCUAGUAUACCAGCCUACAUUGGCUACAUGAUGGUUAUAUAUAUCCACAUACCAGUCUCUAUCUUUUUCGACGCGAAUGUUUUCUAUGUCUUGAUUUGUCUGAUUCAGUUCAACAGCUACAUCUGGGCACUUGCCGUGUACUCGGUAGCCGUUGCAGUUUACUGGUUCAUAAUCCUGAUAGCUGAUCUGUAUGCGUACAACAGAUACUGGGGAAUGGGCAGACCGCCUGUGACCAGUGCAUAUGUUUCGAACAGGCUGUUCAAUCUGAGCAGCACGAGAUCAGUGCAGCAUUUCAGAUUUCUCUGGAAUAUACGCAAGGAGGCUUGGCGGCAGAGCAAGCGAGACUACACGCUCGAAAGUACCCACCACUACCUGAACAACUACCCGAUAAUACUCACGUGCAUACCCCGUGCGGCAGUCUCGCUCGCGAUAAUCCUCCAAUUCUAUCACCCCGCACUCCUCUCUAUACCGGUCAACGCCUUUUUCCGCACAGACGCCCAGCUGACGCGUUACGCAGCUGGUGUGCUUAUAGCGCAUGUGGCGUGGGUGGGUGUGCGAAUGGGGAUAGUUCUCGCCGCGUUCGCGCUGCACCACCUCGCUCUGGCGUGCACAAGCGUAAGCGUACCGUCGAUGGCGGCUGACAAGGAGGCGCUGGUGCACGCGCGCGCUACCACCCGCAGCGCGGCGUGGGCGGGGCGCAUGGAGGAGCGCAUCGAGUCUGUCUUUAGACAUGCUGUCAGCCCUGCUGCUCAGGAAAAGAGAUUCAGCUGGAGCGUGAGAGAUAGACCAACUACUCUUAAUCUGCCACACACCCUCAGUCGCGAUAGAGUGAGGAGCUCGAGUCUGUCGGACUCUGUCGUUGUCACAUCGAGAUCUGCUCCCGUCGUUCGCAUUACGGAAAAUUCCCUCGUCGCUACGCCUGUCAUGGAUGUAGAUAGAUGCGCUAGCAGCGCCACACCGUCGACUAGCGGGAGUGGGAGUGGGAGUGCGGAGGGGGAUGAAGAGACCAAGAAGAGAAAGACUAGACAUUUCAAUAGGGAAACGGGUGAGAUCAGUCAGAGUAGCGAGAGCAGUGGGGCUAGUGAUUCGAGUGAUUCUAGCGAGUCUAGCGAAUCUAGCGAGUCAUCGGAGCAUUCAAACCAGCCUUACCAUCCACAGCAUCCACAGCAUCCACAGCAUACACAAACGCACACUCACCCACACAUAGCCACUCAUACACCCAUUCACACACCCACUCACACCCCUUCAAUCACCUCAGCAGGCCCGCUGAGUAUCACCAGCUGGCACACGCCCGAGCGCGCGCCGACAGAGUACAGCCAAAGCCGAUCAGCAGCCUCGCCGCGGAUAGUCGCAGCACGCGACUCGACGACAACCAUGUCCAGUCUAGGUGCAGUAGUGGGCGGCGGUACUGGCGGGAGUGGGAGUGGGAGUGGGAGUGGGAGUGGGAGUGGGAGUGCAAGUAGAAGUGUCAGCGCCAGCGGCAAUGGCAGUGCUAAUGGCCUCCCGCGUGACGAUAGCUACGGGACACUGCCGGUGCCUCCACUACCUACAUCCAUUUCGGACGAGUUUGCGACAAGACAAGAGGGGAGCGAAGGGAGUGGGAGUGGAAGUAGCAGCCACCAGCUCCAGGCACACCCACACCGAACACAUCCUAUACACUCUACAGACCCCACACACCCCAUACACCCCGUACACUCCCGCCAAUCCAGCAUAGAGAGGGAUCUCAUAGCGAGCGAGAGCCGCGACGCACUCGGACCUAUCCAGUCGACGAGUCGGAUGUUGGAUGAUUUUUCGUUAACGCCUGAGCGAGGGCUGGGAGGGGUAGGGGGAGGAGCAGAAGCAAGCAUUAGCAGCAGUAGCAACGUUCACAAUACCAACAGUAAUGAUAUGAUUACCAGUAAUAUUAGCCAUACCAGCACCAACAACAAUAAUAAUAAUGACAACAAUAACAACAAUACCGCCAACAACUCCUCUAAUGGCUCGUCAGGAUCAUCUUCGGAUCUAUCCCAACACAGCACUAACAGUGGCAGCUCGAGCUCACUCUCUCGAAUGACAAGCUACUUGAGUCGCAAACUGAAGAAGAAGCGUGGGUCAUCGCAGACGGUGGUGGAUCGUGCGCGCGUGGGUGAAGGAUCGAGUGAGGCAGUGGCCGACGGGUAUAAUGUGAACCAGGAUGGCGUGGAGACGGAGACUGUGGGUGCAUUCUCUGGUACAUUCACAGGUGCUUUUGCAAGUCCAUUCGAAGGUGUCUCUUCCGCUUCCCCACCCCCGCCGUACACACCUACACCCACGGUGAGCCACAGCGAGAGUCGGUCGACUAUCGAACAUAUUAGUCCUGCGCCUGAGCGGGGCGAGAGAGGCGGGAGUGGGAGACAGGCGACGCAUAUGCAAGCUGCGCGAAAUACGCAAAAUACACAAGAUACUCACUACCCACACUACUCGCAUUCAUCGCAAAACAAUGCACUUCCUUCACGCUCCUCACAAAGGUUCAGAUUGCCCGCUGAGCAUAUAGGAUUAGGAUUAAGCGAUGAGGUGGAUGAGGUGGAUGCGGAUGACAACGGCAGCACUGAAGAGCGCGCUGAAGAGAAUACAGUACAGGACAUGGAUUGGGAGACACUCAGAGUGGAGUCCAAGAGACGUCUGCAGGAUGAGCAGAGGAGGAGAGGAGAUGUGAUGUGA